ACAUCCGCUACUGCAACUUGUUUUUUCUGUUCUCCUGAAAUGGCCAUUUUAAAUCAUCCGGUAAACUUGCUCUAAGAAGCAUUAAUGCUCAUGCUGCAGCUUCUGCUACAGUAUUUGGUUUUCUCGAAUUUAAACCCACAUGACAUCAAUUGCUUGCUAAUUAGCCACAAUGUUAAGCUACCCCUCUUCCAUGGCCAUGGAACUGACUAUACCCACCCUUUUCCUCCUCUUUCUUUCCUCCAAAUUCCCAUGUUCAACUGCUCAAACAUGGAUCAAAUCCGGUUACUGGUUCUCCGGCAGCAAAUUCCCCGUAACCGACAUAAACUCAACCCUCUUCACUCACCUCAUAUGCGGUAUGGCAGGCCUAAACCCUUCCACGUACCAACUUUCCAUUUCUUCAUCAGAUGCCCAGUCCUUCUCCAUCUUCACCCCCACUGUCAGGCAAAAGAAUUCAACGGUCACAACGCUCUUAGCGAUCGGUGUAAGAUCGGCGAAGUCUUCGACUUUCUCCUCGAUGGUUAGCCAAUCCGAGUUCAGGAAGUCCUUCAUUGAGUCCUCCAUAAGAACAGCUCGAUUAUAUUGGUUUGAUGGGCUGGACUUUCACUGGGAUUCAGUCAAUACUAGCUCUGAAAUGGCAAACAUGGCCAUCCUAUUCGAUGAGUGGCGACUAGCGAUCGAAUCAGAGUCAGGAAACUCAAGUGGUUCUCAACUCAUCUUGACAAUGGGUGUCCCGUUCUCCCCAUACCUUGACAGUGCAAGUUUUCCAAUUGCAUCUAUAAAGAAGAACUUGAACUGGGUACAUCUGAUGGCAUUUGACUACUACACGCCUACUUCGUGGAAUUACACGGCUGCCUUUGCAGCAUUGCAUGAUCCAGGAAGUGAACGGAAUACAGAAUAUGGAAUCAAUGCUUGGAUUGCCGGCGGGUUAUCGACUAACAAGCUUGUUUUGGGGCUGCCUUUCUACGGCUAUGCUUGGACGCUCGUGAACCCGAAUGACAGUGCAGUCGGUGCACCGGCAAAGGGGACCGCGAUUACCCGUGAUGGUUGGAUGAGCUACAAGGAUCUUAAGGCGUAUAUGCAGAGAUCCGGAGCUGUUUCGGAGUAUAAUGCAGCCUAUUUUGUGAAUUACUGCGUCAUCGGAUCGAGUUGGAUUGCUUAUGAUGAUGUUGAGGUCGUGAAAAAAAAGGUAGCUUAUGCGAAAGAGAGGAAUUUGCUAGGUUAUUUUGUGUGGCAAGUCGAAGAUGAUGAUAAAAAUUGGGUGCUUACUCAGGCAGCACAAGAAGAUGAGAAAAAUCCCGUCAUAGUACAAGAAGAUGAGAAAAAUCCUGGGAACAAGAGACACUUCUUGUUAAUCUUGCUUCCAACCGCAGCUACAGUUACCCUUGUACUAGUUUAUUUGACAUGGUACAAAGGACGGAUGGGCGAACGAAAAGAAUUGCAAUCUUUAUUCAAAACUACUAUGGUAUCUGCUGGAAACGCAAAUGCUCCUAAUUUGCUAGUAUUUAGACUCAUUGACCUUGUAGAAGCUACCAAUAAUUUUUCGUUUGAAAAUAAGCUUGGAGAGGGUGGAUACGGACCUGUUUACAAGGGUGUAUUACAUAAUGGACAAGAAAUAGCAAUAAAGAAACUUUCAAGGACUUCUACACAAGGAUUUGAAGAGUUCAAGAAUGAGGUGAUGCUUACUGCUAAACUGCAGCAUGUAAAUCUUGUAAGAGUUCUUGGAUUUUGCACCGAAAAAGAAGAACAGAUGUUGAUCUACGAAUACAUGCCGAACAAAAGCCUGGAUCAUUUUCUCUAUGAUCCAACCAGGGGACUACUUUUAGAUUGGGAAAAACGAGUUCAAAUUAUUGAAGGGGUUACUCAGGGGCUCUUGUACCUCCAAGAGUACUCAAGAUUGACAAUAAUUCACCGGGAUUUGAAAGCGAGCAACAUUUUGUUAGACAACGAGAUGAAACCCAAGAUUGCGGAUUUUGGCAUGGCUAGAAUUUUCCAGAAAGAUGAAUUCGAAGCUAACACUAGCCGAAUUGUUGGAACGUAUGGUUAUGUACCUCCUGAAUAUGUAAAACGUGGCAUAUACUCCACCAAAUCAGAUAUUUAUAGCUUCGGAGUUCUUCUUUUACAAAUCAUUAGCGGAAAACGGAAUAAUUGUUUACAUGGCCUUCAUGAAGACUUGAAACUCCUAGACUAUGCAUAUGAUUUGUGGAAGUGUGGGAAAGGCUUGGAGUUCAUGGAUCCAUCGCUCGACGAUACAGAUUCAUCCUGUAAAUUAGUGAGAUGCAUGCAAAUAGCUUUGCUAUGUGUCCAAGAAAAUCCAGCUGAUAGACCCUCCAUGUUGGAACUCUCGGUGAUGCUGAAAAAUGAAACUGCCGCCAUGAACAUCCCCAAAAGACCUGCUUUUUCUACAAGAAGAGAUGAAGAUGAAGUUCAAAUUCAAGAGUCUACAUCUCAACAAGAAAUUUGGUCUGUUGGUGAUGUAUCCAUUACCCAAAUGGUAGCCCGAUGAAGGUUAAUUCUCAAUUUUUUCAUGACUAGAGUUUAGCCCCAUAACAAUUCAUUUUUUUGUCAGGAUUUUGCUUUUGCUGUCACAUCUUUCUUAAGUUUGGGCAAAUAUGAUUAUUCCCAUCCCUCUGUGUAUAUUGCUAGAAAUAAUACAACUUGUCUUGCUUCAAUUUCCUAGUAGGUGAAUCGGCUCU